UCAGCAGGUUACUCACUUACUCAGCAUCUCCUUCCUCUCGAUCUCCUCCCUCACUCCCUCGGCAGAAGAAUAAGUCCCAUCACUUCCUCCGUCCAGCCACCGCCGUGUCACCGCCGCCGUCGCAAGUUGCGACUGCUCGAGGCCGCCAUUCCCAGUACGAUCGUCUCCGACAGUGCACGAAGCCGCCGUCCACACUGCAACUCGUCUCGCGUCGUUCCUCCGCCGUACAGCCGCUGUUCCGCGACGAAGACUCUGUUCCACCUCGCUCCAGCCCUUCUCUGCUCCAGUUCCGCCACGCUCCACCCUCCUCUGCUCCAAUUCCGCCGCCCACCCCUCGGCUUCAGUUCCGCGGCAGUCCGGGAUACAUCUUCUCCAGUUUUGCCGCGUCCCGCCUUCCGUCGUGCUCCCUCACCUCUGUGCUCUAGAAGGUCCUGUCUUUCUGAACAAAAAAAAUCGUGUCAGUUUGGCAUUUUUUUGUUUUAAAUCACUGCUGUUCAUUUUGAGCUCAGAUGAAUAGUGCUCAACUGCAAGUUACGAACAUUUGCUGAUCAAUACUAAGUUGAGAUUUUGUGCAUCUUUCUUGAAUUAAAAUGGUUGCAGACUCUUAUACAUACUUUCACUACAUUUCACUUUGUUGCAUUACAGUGACAGGAACUCUGAAAGGUUAUGAUCGUUGCUUAACCUUGUCCUAGAUGAAGCUGUAGAGUUUCUAAGAGGUAACUAAUAGGUGGACCCUGUUUCUUUAUUUAUGAAUUUAACGAUUUAUCGUGUAUGUACUUCUGAAGCUUUGACUUUCUUAUCAUGCUAAUGACUUUUGUAAUGUAACUUUCGCAUUGUUGCAUCUUACGAUGAAGUUUGGUAGGGGCAAAGAAUAUGUGCAUCUGGUGAACUUUGUUGCCCUUAUUUUGAAUGAAGUAGUUAGGACAUAGGAGUAUGAUUUAUCAUUUGUCUUCUUGUCAAGAAGUUUUUUCAUUAAAUUUAUUAUUUCACCGCACUAAGCUAGACAAAUUUUUGCGGAUUAAGAAAAGGGAUGUUUACUGAUUCAUGAGAGUGAGGGCUGAAUGAGUAAUGAGCUAUUAAUAGGCAUGCUUUAGCUUCAAUUCUGCUGCAGCUAUGAUCAAACUCUGAUGUAAACAUUGGGUUUAAAAAUAUUUGACUUUGUUUUCACUUUAAGUGGGGCUUACUUAUUUUCAUUGAAUCCAUCAUCUUUUCACAUAUGCUUUCUUUCAGAUUUAUCAAGUCAAACAGCAAAAUUAAGAUUUCCAUACAAAUAUUGAGUUCACUCUAAUUAUGUUUUACUGUUUUUAUUUAUAUUUUAUUUAUUAUUCUAUUAUAAAACGGUUAUUUCGGUUGAACCAGUAAAUUAGUAGUUAGAACGGUUCGAAUUGGUUCGGUUUUCAAAACCUUGAAAAAAAAAAACCAAAACGGAUAAAAAGAAAUAAUAAAAAAUGAAAAGAGAAAGGAUGAGAGAGAAGUUACUUCGUCUCAUCCUCUAUUGCUCCCAGAGACACCGUCCCCCACUUCUCCCAGCCAGCCACCGUUCUCACUUCUCUUCUCUUCCAGCAAGCACCUUCAAUUCCUCUUCUCCCUAGUCCCAACAACUGUGCAUUUUGCUGUUCCCUUCUUCCUCUCCCCCUUCCCAUCUUCUCGUCGGCAUUGCCUUCACAGCAUCCUCUCCUUCCAUCCGUGCCUUCCAGUCGCCUUCCAGCCGUGGCUAUGGUCGCCUCCCAGCCGCUGCUGUGUUCACCUUUCAUCUGUCUCCGUCGGUGCCUCAGUUCUGGAUUCAGCAUUGAAGAGUCAGUAAUCGUCACCUGAGUUCUUUUUUCCUCCCACAUUCAGUAGGCCUAUCCCAGAGCCUUCAGUUGGAUUUGAUCUUAUAUGUUUUCUGCGGCCUUAUUCAGAGCUGUAAGGCAUGGGUUUUCAAGUACAUUCAAGAGAGAUAGCUUAUUCACGUUAUACUGUCUAGUUGAGGAUUUUCCGACCAUUGCAUCAUAUCCUGCAGCAAGUUGGUGUUUCCAGUCUUCUACUCUUCAUACGUGCAUACAUCCACAAACUUGCAACACAGCAUGGCAUCUUUCAAGGGUUCCUUAUCUACCUUCUCCAGCGGGAUAUCUUUGGCAGAGAUCAAAUAUAUUUGGAAUCCCUGGUAUUUUGAGAAACUUAAAACCUGCCAAAUAUCUAAGUAACGGAUCAGUUCAGGUGAAGACUGAUUAUGAUGUUGUGAGGUUCUCUCUUGGGUCACCUGAUGAUAUUAGUUCCAUAAAAAAGAGCCCAAAGAAGAAAAUGUCUAGAAAAGCUAAAUUGAAUGAGCUCAGAUUCUACCGCUUGAAGGCUAAAAAGAAGAUGAAUUCCCCAAAUCCAGAGGCCAAGCGAAAAGAAACAUGGUUGAUUGAGAAGCUAAGGAAAUAUCAUGUGCUGAAAAUCCCUGCAGAAACAUUUGAUCCUGAAAUUUUAACUGAGGAAGAGAGGCAUUACCUGAAGCGAACAGGUGAGAAAAAGAAGCAUUUUGUUAUGGUUGGGAGACGAGGAGUGUUUGGUGGGGUAGUUCUUAACAUGCAUCUUCAUUGGAAGAAUCAUGAAACAGUAAAGGUUAUAUGCAAACCUUGCAAACCUGGGCAGGUUCAUGAAUAUGCUGAAGAGCUUGCUCGACUGAGCAAAGGCAUUGUGAUUGAUAUCAAGCCUAAUAAUACUAUCAUUUUCUUCCGUGGUAAGAACUAUGAACAGCCAAAAGUAAUGUCACCUCCAGAUACAUUAUCAAAAGCAAAGGCCUUGGAGAAAUAUAGAUACGAGCAGUCACUUGAACAUACAAGCCAGUUCAUUGAAAAGUUGGAGAAGGAGCUUGAAGAGUAUCACCAGCACCUCGCAAAAUUUAGAAAAGGGAAAGAUGAUACAACUAAAGAUAUUAAGGGACCAUCAUCUACCAGGACAAAUAAAACUGCAGGAUUACACACUGUUUUAAAGGAAAAAUGUAAGUGGAAAGAACAAUGAAUGGGAAUAAAUGGAUAAUGACUAAGCUUUAAUGUUCAAACACCAUAUUGCAUCAACUACAUUUUUUUCCCCACCCAAUUUAAUUUGUGGUUAUUUGGUCAGAAAUUCUAGAAGCAUGAAUCUACCAUUGGUGGACUUUAACGUAUACACGAGCUUCGGACAAUGUUAUAUUGUUUGCGCUUAGGGGAGUAUAGGAUCUCACAUUUGAAUAUUUAUUUGUAGUCUCGAGGCCUAGAAUUGUCAACUUGCUAUAUAUCAAACAUGCAAUUAUGAUUAAACAUCCUUUUAUCCA